AUGGCUGCCACCUCGGGAUUGUCGACUGCAGUUUCCGUUCCCGCCAAGCUCAGCCACGUGGCAUCCUCCAGCAACGGCAUUUCCGGCGCCGCGACCUCCGUCGCUUUCCCCUCCGCGAGGCGAGCAACUCGUGCGGGAUCGAGCGUGGCGGAGGGGCGCGGGAAGUGCCGAUGCUCGACGGCGGAGAUUCUCCACGACGGCGCGCGGGAUCCGCUGCUGCUGCGCGUGGCGCGCGGAGAAGACGCGGAGAGGACGCCCGUGUGGCUCAUGCGCCAGGCGGGGCGCUACAUGAAGGACUUCCGCAAGUUCUCAGACAAGUACCCGUUCCGCAUGCGGUCGGAGACGGCGGAGAUCGCGAUCGAGCUGACGCUGCAGCCGUGGAAGGCGUUCGGCACGGACGGCGUGAUCAUGUUCUCAGACAUCCUCACCAUCCUGCCUGCGCUGGGCGUGGAGUUCGACAUGGUGAAGGGCAAGGGACCCGUGAUUGCGGACCCGCUGCGUACAAAGGACGACCUGCGCGACCUCAAGCCCCUGGAGGACCCCGAUGCCAAGCUGCCAUUCAUCCGCGAGAUCCUCACGUCGCUGCGGCGGGAGCUGGCGGGCAGCGAGGCGACGCUGCUGGGGUUUGUGGGCACGCCGUGGACGCUGGCAGCGUACGCCAUUGAGGGGCAGGGCAGCAAGAACCUGCUCGCCACCAAACGCAUGAUGCUGCAUGAGCCGGAGUUGCUGCACGACAUCCUGGCAGCCCUAGAGGACGCGUUAGUCGUAUACGUGAGCCACCAGAUCAGCUGUGGGGCGCACAUCGUGCAGCUGUUUGACUCGUGGGCGCACCACCUCACGCCAGCGCAGUUCGCCGAGUUCAGCCUGCCCUACGCCGAGAGGAUUGUGCAGCGCGUGAAGCAGCUGCACCCGCACACGCCGCUCAUCUUCCAUGCCAAUGGGGGCACCGGCAAGCUGCACCUGGUGCAGCAGGGGUGCAGUGCGGACGUGGUGGGGCUGGACUGGGGCACCGACAUGGCUGAGGCUCGGCGUGUGUUUGGCAGCGAUGCUGUGCUGCAGGGGAACGUGGACCCAAUGGUUCUGUUUGGUCCUGAGGCGUCCAUCAGAGCAGCUGUGGCUGAUUGCUUGAGCAAGGCGGGAGGCAGGAGGCACAUUCUCAAUGUGGGCCAUGGGGUGGUGCAGGGGACUCCUGAGGAAUCAGUGGCACUCUUCUGCAAGCUUGCCCAAGAGAGUGGGCGGGCAGGGCAAGCUGCUGAGAUAGCCGCAGCUUUGCAUUCAGCUGCAUGA